UGGGCGUGGUCUGGGGUUGAACGAGCCUGAGCUGCGGAUGAGAGCAGCGGAGAGAAACUGCACUUAUUCAUCCAUCCAUCCGUCCCUACCUUAACGCCCUUUAUCGGUCCCAGCGGUCUCUGCUGCGAUGUUGAUCCCGGACGUUUUGUCCCUGCUUGUUCUCCUCUCCAUCCUGUUGCUGGGCUACGGUUGCCGGGCGGCGGACAUUCCAGAGGACACCACAUCAGAGUUCUCAGUGAGACUGUACCACCGGCUGAAGGCGGCGGGGGAUCAGGAGAACAUCGUUUUCUCCCCGCUGAGCGUGGCUGUGUCCCUGGGCAUGUUGGAGCUGGGAGCCAGGGGGGCUUCGCUGGACGAGAUCCGGCAGGCCGUGGGGUUCAGCCACCUGCUGCCCGGCAUGGAGUUUUCUUUGCUGCAGAACCUGACGGCGGCUUUGUCAGACGACGACGCGCAUUACGUGAUCCGAUUUGCCAACAGCCUCUUCCUGCAGGAAGGUGUCACCUUUAACCCUGAGUUUCUGCAUCUGAUGAAGAGAUACUUUCGAGCAGAAGUGGAAACGGUGGACUUCAGCGAGUCAUCCGCGGUGGCCGAGCAGAUUAACAACUGGGUGGAGAACCAUACAGAGAGUAAGAUCAGGUCCCUCCUGUCAGCUGAAGACUUCAGCAGCGUGACCCGCCUGGCCCUGGUGAACGCCGUGUAUUUUCGAGGCUCCUGGAAAAACCAGUUCAGGCCAGAGAACACCAGGACCUUUUCCUUCAGCCGAGAUGAUGGCUCUGAAGUUCAGACCCUUAUGAUGUACCAGCAGGCAGACUUCUACUACGGUGAGUUCAGCGAUGGCUCACAAGAAGCUGGCGGUUUGUACCAAGUAUUAGAGAUGCCCUACGAAGGAGAGGACAUGUCCAUGAUGAUCGUGCUGCCUCGCCAGGAGGUACCGCUGGCAUCCCUGGAGCCCAUCAUCAAAGCACCACUAAUAGAGGAGUGGGCCAACAACGUCAAGCUGCAGAAGGUGGAGGUAUACCUGCCCAGAUUUAAGGUGGAGCAGAAGAUUGACAUGAAGUCCGCGCUGCAGGAGCUGGGAAUUAAAAACAUAUUCACCAAUGAUGCUGAUCUGUCUGCCAUGACAGAUGGUAAGGACCUGUACAUCGGGAAGGCUGUCCAGAAGGCUUACCUGGAGGUGACGGAGGAGGGGGCGGAGGGAGCAGUUGGAUCAGGAAUGAUUGCGCUGACCAGGACUCUGGUGCUGUACCCACAGGUCAUGGCAGACCAUCCAUUCUUCUUUGUCAUCAGAAAUAGAAGAACAGGGACCAUCCUCUUCAUGGGCAGAGUCAUGACCCCUGAAGUCAUCGAGCCCAACGACCAUGACUUUGAUUCCAUGUAAUCAGAGAGUGAGACUCGGUCUCAGCCAGUCCCAUUCUGGCAUCAUAAAUGCUACCUAUUCUCUAUCACUAUCUUCAGCUGUGUUUUAUACAUUAUAUAUAUAACAACCAAAUAUUAUAUGAUAUAUUAUAUAUUGAAAGAUAACAUCCAACAUAUAAUGUGACUGUGUUUUUAUACUGGAAGCUUUAAAUUCUUGGAUACAGACAUGCAGACAGAUGUUGUAAAUAUUCUCUAGUAAUGUACGCUUUGUAUUAGCAAGAGGAACACACUACGUAUUUCAGGCACUACCCCUUUAAGUUCAGUAGCUUCUUACUCACUUGCAUCCACACGAUGCACAAAAGCUGUCUUUCAAAAGUAGCUACUCUUUCUGCAGACGUACAGUAGUAAGUUCGGUUUUCACUGCACCCCUGUACAUUUGGCAUUGUUUUUUGAUGUUUACAUUACACAUUCUCAGUAUUUAUUGCAGAAUAAACAGGUUCAAACAUCUUAGUAAUCCAGACAGUAUUGAGACAUUUUUACACUGUAGGAAACACAGCUGAAACACUGACGAAUUAUUAUGCCUUACCACAUCUGAGUGGUUAAUUAACCCGCAGCUGGGCAUCUUACAGGUGAGCAGAAGUGACUGCGUAACUAAGGCAGGUCGCCAUAGUGACGGACCGAAUGCAGGCACAGGGAAAAAGAUGUGCUGUGCUGGAUGCACUUGCAACGAGAAGCAGUGACACCAGCUGUACUGGUUCUUUUGUUCAAUAAAAACAUGAAUGUGUUUCCAUUAAAAUAUAUUUAUCCUUCUGUGUAUGUGUGUACAGGGUUUUU